GGUGAGCGAGGAGCUCCGGGGCUGAUGGAAGGCUGUUCAAACUAGACCCACCCGGCUCCGGAACACCAUGGCUGUGGACGCUGCAUCCAGUUUCAGCUUCUGCAGACCAGCUGUGGAGUACCGAGCUCUGCCCGAGGACUUCAAGCAGCAGCUGGGCCGGCGGACAGGUGGGAACCUGACCUGGCACGACGGGCGGGGACAGAAGACAGCAGGAGGCAGGACGGUGAAGCUUCUGCAGCAGCCGGGCACAGAGGCCUUCCAGUAUCGCUCCUGCAACAAUUAUGGAUUAUAUCACACGAGUCCAACUCAGCCCAGCCUGGUCCGCCCCGUUGUGCUCUGGACACAACAAGACGUUUGCAAAUGGCUGAAGAAACACUGUCCACACAACUACCUGACCUACAUGGAGGUGUUCUCCCAGCACGCCAUCACAGGCCGGGCUCUGCUGCGUCUGAACGGAGAGAAGCUGGAGAGGAUGGGCUUGGUGCAAGAGACGCUUCGACAGGAGCUGCUGCAACAGGUGCUGCAGCUGCAGGUGCAGGAGGAGGGCCGCAACCUUCAGCUCCUCAGCAGAGGUACUUUUCAACAAAUAUCAUAG